AUGGAGGACCUGGAGCUGGUUACCCUCCAUGACGAUAUCCCGAAUCGACAAGUCCGGAUCGGCACCUCCAUCUCGCCAGAGCUUCGCUCUGACUUGGUCUCCUUCCUCCGCCUCAACUCCGAAGUCUUCGCAUGGUCCUACAAUGAUAUGCCUGGUAUAUCACCAGACAUCAUAUCCCAUUGGCUUAGCGUCAAUCCUGCCGUCAGACCAGUCCGACAGAAGCGUCGCGCUUAUGAUCCCGAGCGCUAUGAGGCCAUGAGGGCGGAGGUGGAACGAUUGAGUAGCAUCGGAUUCAUCAGGGAGGUUGACUAUCCUACAUGGCUGGCUAAUGUCGUGAUGGUCCGCAAGCCAAGAAAGGGCUGGCGCAUGUGUGUCGACUACACCAACCUUAAUCGGGCCUACCCAAAGGACAGCUUCCCGCUACCCCGCAUUGACCAGCUAGUCGACGCCACAGCCGGCCACGCCCUCCUUAGCUUUAUGGAUGCUUAUUCAGGUUACAACCAGAUCUUCAUGCACCCCCAAGAUCAGGCCCACACCUCUUUCAUUACGGACCGCGGCCUCUACUGCUGGUCAAAUGGGCCAUUGAACUGGGGCUGUGGGGCCGGCCUCGUUCUCAUCUCCCCAGACAAGGUUGCCCUCGAGUACGCCCUUCGCUUCAAAUUCCAAGCCUCCAACAAUGAGGCCGAAUACGAAGCACUCUUAGCUGGUCUUCGAUUAGCCAAAGAGAUGGAUGCCAGGCAAAUUCAGAUAUUUAGCGAUUCACAACUCGUGGUCCACCAGGUCAACCAGGACUUCACGGCUAAGGAUGCCUCUAUGACGGCCUACCUCCAGCACACUCGGCACUUGCUGGCAACCUUCCAAGCCCACUCUAUCAAGCAAGUGCCGCGCUCCGAGAAUAGCCAUGCCGAUGCACUAGCCAGGUUGGCAUCAGCCCUGGAGCAAGGAAUGGGUCGCCACAUCCACAUCGAGUUUUUGGCCCAGCCCAGCACACAAGCCCCACUCAUCUGCACUAUUGAUCACAGCCCUACAUGGAUGGACCCCAUCCUCCAGUUCUUACAGAACCAAACACUACCGGCUAAUCCGGCAGAAGCACGACUCGUUCGCCAUCGCUCCGCCCGUUACUUGAUCAUUAACGGCUCCUUAUACAAGCGUGGUUUCAGCCUUCCUUACCUUCGAUGCCUGACUCCAGAGGAGGGUCACUAUGUCCUCCGAGAAAUCCAUGAAGGCAUCUGCGGCAACCACUCGGGCGCACGCUCGCUAGCCCAUAAGGCAAUCCGCCAAGGAUACUUCUGGCCUUCACUCCACACUGACGCCCAGGCCUUCACCCAGAAAUGCGACAAGUGUCAGCGAUUUGCCAACAUCCCACAACUCCCGGCUGAACCGUUGACUGCCAUGGUCAGCCCUUGGCCAUUUGCCCAAUGGGGACUGGAUCUCAUUGGACCGAUGCCAGAGGGCAAGGGCCAAGUCAAGUAUGCAGUUGUGGCCGUGGACUACUUCACCAAGUGGGCUGAGGCCGAGGCCUUGGCCACCAUCACUGCGGCUCGCAUCGAAUCCUUUGUGUGGCAAAACAUUGUAUGUCGCUUCGGCAUCCCCAACUCCAUUGUCACCGACAAUGGCCGGCAAUUUGACAACGCCAAAUUCAAACAAUUUUGUUCCAACCUCAAGAUUCGUCUGUGUUUCGCCUCCCCAGCCCAUCCUCAGUCCAAUGGCCAGGUCGAAGCCGUGAACAAAAUCAUCAAGAAGACCCUCAAGACAAAACUUGAUAAAGCCAAGGGCUGCUGGCCAGAACUACUCCCAGAAGUACUCUGGUCUUACCGCACCACCUUCCGCACAUCCACGGGUGAAACGCCGUUCUCCCUAUCAUUGGGAACCGAGGCCGUGGCUCCGGUAGAGAUUGGCCAGCCCACAUACCGAACCUCCACUUACGAUGCCACGGCCAAUGACGAGCAGUUGGCCCUCAACCUCGACUUCAUUGAGGAACUCCGGGACCAAUCGAGCAUGCGCAAUGCCGCGUACAAGCAACGCAUCGCCAAAUACUAUGACUCCCGAGUCAAGCCCCGUGCUUUCAAAAUGGGGGACUGGGUCAUGCGCAAGGUUUCCUUGGCUACCAAAAAUCCUAACGAAGGUACCCUCGGCCCUACAUGGGAAGGUCCUUACGAGAUUAUCAAAAUCUGCCGCCCCGGCACUUAUCAGCUUCGUGAUUCCACAGGCAAGACGCUGCCUCACCCGUGGAAUGCUGACCACCUCAAGUAUUAUUACAAGUAA